UGUGCAGCAUCUGGGAAUGGAGUGACAACAUAGCCCAAGGUUACUGGCUGUCAUGUCUGGAGAUGUGAGCUGUAUGAAAUGCGUGUGACAGGCUGUGACCCAAGAGCUACUCAUCUUCCAAAUCUCGAUCCUGGAUCUGUGAGGUGUAGCUUCCUAAAAAUAGCCCGACAGAGAGUAUAAAGAUCCCCACAGGGAGCACGGGCCUUCAGAGGAACAGCUCCACAGUUGAUAUCUACACAGGAACACUGCACAAGAAGUUCUUAUCUUUCUGCAGCAGGACAACAGAAGAAAGGAAAUCUACACACAUUUUUUAAGACCUAAAGAAAUCUAAUCUUUGAUUUGCUGGAGCUAAAGAGCUAAAGAAAAUCCAACUCAAACCAAGAUGAAGUAUUAUCAGUGCCCCGUGUCCCAGGACAUUAGAAUCAAUGCUUACAACGAAGACUGUGGACUGCCUGUCGGCUGCAAGAGCUCAGCUUCUCUGAAGCCGAUGCGCACUGUGCACUUCCCCAAUGACAUCGUGUUCCAGGACUAUGUGCGACACGGUGAGCUCGAGAGGAUUGGACGUUUCAUCAGAGCCAGAAGAGUCAACCUGGAGACCAUCUACCAAUCUGGCAUGGCCGCCAUCCAUGAAGCUGUCCUGUCAGGGAACCUGGAGUGCGUGAAGCUGUUGGUCGAAAAUGGAGCAGAUAUCCAUCAGAGAGACGAGGAGCAGUGGACCCCACUGCACAUGGCCUGCAGCGAUGGCUUCCCAGACAUCGCACGCUACCUCCUCUCGCUGGGUGCCGACCCUGAGCUGGAGAACGAGUGCGGGGAGAAGCCGGCUGACCUCAUCGAGCCAGACAACACGGAGCUGCUGGAGCUCUUCGGGCUGGCUGUCAAUGACUGAGGACCUGUCAUUUUGAGAACCAAGCACUUGUCUUUAUCCUACUGCCCAGUCAGUUCUGCAGGGAUGGACAGAGGAAAGUCAAUCCAGCAUCCUGAUUUUGUGAGCUGCUUCAGCUCUCCGGAGGUCAAGGACUGUGGAUGUGAGGUGGAAGGCGGAAGGCGGAGGGGCUCUCAGGGCCCAUAGGCUGCCUCCCGAACAGAGUGGACUCUGGUAGAGGCUGAUCUCUGAUCUCCUUCAGCACAGAUUUACAUUGUCCUGUCAGAGUUUCAGAUCUUUUAUCCCGUAGUGUAAUGAAUGAGUAAUAUUAUCAGAAGUCGGUUGUUCUUGGCAUGUUGCUGGGAUAAGGAGGGCUUCUGAAUGUUUUGAAACCAGAAACUGUUGUUGAUGCUCAGCUCAUUAGCGCCUCGCUUGAAGAUAAAAUUAGCAAAACCAGACACCUUUGUGUUUACUGCCUUUAAAGCGAAUGUGCUUGUGGUCAGUUAGAAGUUAAACCCCCAACGGUUUUUUCUGAUCCCUUGUAAGCUUAGUUAACUGUGUAAGUUGAGAUGAGUUUUUUUUUUUUAAAUACUUUUUUAA